GGCCGCCGGUAGUAAGUAGUGUGUCUCCGCGGGUCUACGAAAUACGUGCGCCGCACAGGUGUCCGCGCUGCUACCACAGUAAUAUUAUAUUGUACGUACGCGUAAAUACUGCACUGACGUAUUGUAUAUUAUCAUAAAUAUAUAACUAUCGAUUUUCCGUCUACGAAAAACGAUCCGCACUAUCAAUUUAUUACAUAAUAUUAGGUAUAUAGGAAAUUCUGCGCAGUGUACGAGAAAUUUUUUCUGUUGGGAUUCCGAUUUUUCGUCAUCGACAUCCACCGCGUCGGGCGCGCGAUUUUGGGAUCGUUUCGAUUUUUUCCCUCCUGCGGUCUUCCGGGGCGCUUUCCGUGUGAUUGUCAUCGCAGCCGCAGCCCACACACGCGCCAGUAAUGUGCGACCGGCGACGUGCGGAAAACCACUAAACGAAAAGCCGAUACACUGCACACGUGACACGAGGAAUAUGAUCGUUUUCGGCGGCCGAAUAAACGUUUGAUCGAGGCACAGCAAUCAGCUUCGUUAGAGUUAGUCGCCGCUUAUACCGCUUACACACCGGAUACGAUAUCACCGACGUCAACACCGUCGUCGUAACUGUAUUACCGGCUUGAAUCAAUGAUGCUAGAGAUGGGCGACAAGACUGCCGCCGCAUGGACCGCUUGGUGGAUCCUCACAUUUUCUUUGGUGCAAAACGCUGUAAGCGUAGGUGGAGGUGGAGGUGGUGGCGGUACCAGUGAUAUUUGGCCAUUGGAGCGGCCCGAUGGCAUGCCGGUGAUCCAGUCCUUAGAGGUGAUGUGUGGCAAGGAUCACAUGGACGUGCACUUGCAGUUCACUCAACCCUUCGAAGGAAUCGUGUCGUCUAAGGGCCAAUACGCAGACCCGCGUUGCGUGUACGUGCCACCGUCCACCGGAAAGACAUUUUUCACGUUCCGCAUAGCGUACGCGCGGUGCGGUACCAAGCCUGACCUCAACGGUCAGUUCUAUGAGAAUACUGUGGUCGUCCAGUACGAUAAGGACUUGCUGGAAGUUUGGGACGAGGCCAAGAGGUUGCGGUGCGAGUGGUACAAUGAUUACGAAAAGACCGCGUCCAAACCACCCAUGGUCAUUGCCGACUUGGAUGUUAUACAGUUGGACUUCAGAGGUGAUAACGUCGACUGUUGGAUGGAAAUACAACAUGGAAAAGGCCCGUGGGCUCCACCAGUUAGCGGUAUAGUUCCUUUGGGUUCUACGUUAACGUUAGUGGUUGCCAUCAAUGAUUAUAGAGGCGAGUUCGACAUGAGAGUGAAAUCUUGCGCAGCGUCCGACGGUGGCGGUCACGUCAUACAGCUGACAGACGACCAGGGGUGUGUGUUAAGGCCAAAAAUGAUCAGCGGGUUCCUGAAAGCUAGGACUUCAGAUGAAAGAGCAUCCGUCAUCACUUAUGCAUUCUUCCACGCCUUCAAAUUCCCGGAUGCACUUAGCGUGCAUAUCCGGUGCAAGGUAGAGAUCUGUCGACAUGGUUGCCUGGACCACUGUCAAACGGACGAACGGAUAUUGGCCGGACAUUUACUUCACCAGCAGCAGCAGCACCAACAACACCAACUCCAGUACGGACCAGUAGAUAGGAAGGACCAACAGAACGAUCGUUUGGACUACGUCCAAACAGUCGUAGUUAACACGGAUCAGCCGAAUGCCCAAGCGCAAAUCCACACGCCAUUCGAUACCACCGGUCACAACAAGCCAUUACCAGGUCAAAACAAGGAUACAAUGAAUCGAGAUGGUUUCCCGCACGGGCCGCGGAACCUGGACGACGGCGUGGUCGAGCCGUCGGCGGACGGCGACAACGACGACAACAACAACAAUCAGCCGCCGGCCGCGACACCGACGUCUGCCAACAACGGGACCGCGGGCGAACAGACGGCCGCGGGAGUAGCGCAGCUGCAGAGGCGCCGGCGCCGGCGUUCGAUGAACGUGUCGGACGCGGGCAACGCGGACGUGGGCGUCAGUGGGCUGUACGACGUCAUAUCGCAGUCGGACUUGGCGUUCACGCCGGACACCAAGACGGACAGCGAGGCGGUGACCAUAUUCCAGGGACGGAUCCGCGAGGACGUGGUGUACGGCAUAUGCAUGCCAGUGCACGGGUUCGGCGCGCUGUUCGUCAUGUUCGCCGGUUCGGCGAUCGUGUCCGUCGUAGUGGCCGGUUUCCAGUUGCACAAGUACCAGGUGAGGCGGGAGACGCAAAAGAUGAUGUCCGUCCAGGCACACCAGCACAGCGUGGCCGCGGCCGCCGUGGCCGCCGGUGGCGGUUACAUCCACAACUCGCUGGCCGGCAUCGUGGCGCUGAACAAGCUGAUCGCGUCCAAAACGGCAGCCGCCACCACCACCGCGCAGACCAGACGAAACAGCUAAUCGACUACUAUUAAUAAUAAUAAUAUUAUUUACUAUCUAUAUUAUAUUAGGUAUAUAUAUACAUACAUAUACACACUACUACGACGUCGUUGACGGCCGUCACGAUUUUUAGUACAUAAAUCACUCGAUCGUCGUCAUCAUUAUUUUCAAUUAUCAUUAUCAUCGGCAUCAUCAGUAUCGUUGGUGCGUGUUUAUUAUAACGUUAGCGAGGCAAAAUUUUGAUGGAGGUGGAAUAUAGUUGAAAAACAUUUUUCUUUUUACUUACCCGUGUCACCAGAUUGGAGAGAGAAAUAUUAUAUGUUUAUUGAUCUUUGUUACUAACGGGGUUAUUAUGCCGGGGUACAAAAUGUUUAGGGAUGGAAUUUUUUCGUUAAAUCAUCAUUUUUUUUAAUCCAGUAAGCAUGAUCCCGUUCACCGAUUUCCUAUAGUAAAUAUUAUACUUUUUUUUGUAUUUUGAUAUUUGUUACCGUAAUUUAUGAUAAUAUUAUCAGUAAUAGUACGUAUAAAGCACGAGAGUAAAUCAACUAAUCAAAAUAUGAAAUUUUAAUUAAACAAUUUUCUGCGUCACAAACAUCAAGAAGAAAAUUUCUUUUUCUUUUUCGUUUAUUAAGCGAUUGUUUUUGUUACAGCUGUAUGGACAAUUCGUAAAUACAGCCUUGAAUCGUAAUCAAUCAAUGUAAUAGUAACGCUCUAAUUUAUAGUAGCCCAACAUGAACAAAAAUAUACAAUAUAACUAAGUUUAAUAUACCUAGUCAAUCGUCGUAAAUUGAUGUUCUAUAUAUAUAUUAUCAUAAUUUAUUUAGAUUAUUAAACAUAAAGCUACCUAGGGCAACCCACCACGACACUACAUCCAUCUCUGAACAUCAUAUUAUCGCCUCGCGCCAAAAAAUUCUUUGACUUAAUUCUGAUGUAACAUAUAAUAUCCCGGUUGAUGCUGAUAACAAUUAAUGUUUAAAAAGAUAUAAAUUUUCAUUUUUACACGUUUAAGAAUAUUAUAUGUAGUAUACAUAAUAUAAUUGACUAUUAUUAUUAUUAUUUUCUCGUAUUGCGUUUGAAUUAAGAAAAUAGUUUUAUUUUUUUAAUUGGUGCUAAAUUAAUCUAAAAUCAGCAAUGGAAAAAACUUGGAUACAACAUGCAUACAUAUUUUUCAUUUAAAUAUUUAUUAAUGGUUUGUAAGAGUUAUUUAUAUACAAAUUACUGUUAUAUUGACAAAUCUGUAAAAAAAAACUUAUUAGACAAUUUAUUAUUUUAUUCCACUUUUAAAUCGUAUGAUGUUAAGUUUAAUUAUAAUUGUGUAAAUAUAUAUCUAAAUACUGAAUGAUAGCAAUCAAAACUAGAUAAUUUUGUUAUUAUUUAAUAUAUUUUAAUAUUUUAGUUUAAUGUUACGUAGUCAUGAAACUGGCCAGUUCUUCGUAAUAACGGUUGAAGUUUUAUUUACAAAUUUAGCAAAUUAUAUUAUCUAGUAAAACCAAAAUUUUUUGUGACCUAAAAAUUAAAUUCUUAAUGUUCGUUCGAGUUGUAUUUAUGACACGGCGUUUCGUAUAGGCGAAACAUGUACUUUCAUGUAAACGAACACCUUAUUUUAAAUGAAUACAUCAAUACAUGCUCAAGUCAAUAAUAAUAUGUAGUAUAUUAUACUAUUUUCAUCUGAUUUACAACACCCGUUGGCAUUUUUACUUAGUAAUUAAGUGCUUGUAAAUAUUUUAUUAUUAUUAUUGUGUAUUUAUUAUUUUUUAUAUUUAGCGUAAAAUUGUUUUGCUCAGCAUUUUGAGGGGUGAACAGAAUGAAAAUGGAAUUUUUUUUUAUCAUAAUGUAAAUUGUACAUUAUUUAUCUGAAUUUAAUUUACUGAAACUAAAUUAGUCAUACUAUUUUAUAUUUUUUCAAUCGUUUAUAAAU